UAAGGGAGAAAUUUGUAAGUUGGGGUGUGGUGAGAUCUGAAGUGAGGGGACGGGAGGAAAGGGCGAAGGUGGAGGGAUGGUUGCGGCGCCUGAGUUGAGCCACGCCGUCAAAAAACAAUUUGUGUAUGCUAUUUCUUCUUAACCUCAAAUCCCUUUCUUCUCCUUCACCCCGAUUUUCCUACUUCUUCUUCAGUAGAGCCGCCAUUUUCAUGUAUCCAUGUAUGGUGUAGCUUCCCUACUCAAUGACCCUCUGCUUCUGCGUUAGAGCUUCAAAAGCUAUUGUUACCAACGCUGCUAUUUACCCUUUUUGUUUCAAGGUACGCCGUCUCUUUCCCUUCUCUUCAUUCCUCCAUUCCUGCACUUUAAACAACGCUAUUGCAACGCUCUCGGAAACCCAUUAUAGAGAUCUUAUCUUUGAUACCAUUAAAGAAAAGCCUUGGGCUUUUUGCAAGAAUAACUGGGUCUCUGAUCAAUUUGGUGCUGUGAUCACCGACCCUCAUUUGUUUAUUCGAGUCCUUCAUUCCAUGCGAAUUAGACCUAGAGUUGCCUUGCGUUUCUUCCGAUGGGUCAUGGCUCAACCCGAUUUUAAGGAGUCGGAAUUUGUGUUUUGUGCUAUUCUUGAUAUUCUUGUUGGGAAUGAUUUGAUGCAUGCUGCGUAUUGGGUGAUGGAGAGGGUGGUUAGCUUUGAAAUGCACGGAGUUGUCGAUGUUUUAAUUGCUGGGCAUGUUUGUUCAAAGGAUUCAAUUAAGCUUCUUGAUAUUCUGUUGUUGAUAUACACGAAAAAAUCAAUGGUUGAAGAAUGCCUGUUGGUUUUUGAUAAAAUGAUUCGGAAUGGUUUACUGCCUGAUGUUAAGAACUGUAAUAGGAUUCUCAGGGUUCUAAGAGAUGAGAAUCUUCUGAGUAAAGCUAAAAAUGUGUAUGGGAUGAUGGAACAGUUUGGGAUAAAGCCAACUGUUGUCACUUAUAAUACUAUGCUGGAUUCCUAUUGCAAGGAGGGGAGAGUAGAUCAAGCUUUAGAGCUUCUAUCAGAGAUGCAAGAGAGAGGGUGUUACCCAAAUGAUGUAACAUAUAAUGUGUUGGUCAAUGGGUUGUCAAAGAAAGGAGAGCUUGAACAAGCAAAGGGACUCAUUGAGGAGAUGUUGAACUCUGGGCUCAAUGUUUCAGCAUACACAUAUAAUCCGUUGAUCAAUGGUUUUUGCCAGAAAGGAUUGUUUGUUGAAGCUUUUGAUCUUGUGGAAGAAAUGGUGAAUAGAAGAGCUUUCCCUACUUUAUCAACUUAUAAUACUCUGAUGUACGGCCUUUGCAAGUGGGUUCAAGUUACUGGUGUUAGACUGCGGUUUUCUGAUAUGUUGAAAAGCAAGUUUACGCCUGACAUAGUUUCAUUCAAUAGCCUACUGUAUGGUUACUGUAGGACUGGGUGUAUAAGUGAGGCUUUUCUAUUGUUUGAUGAAUUGAAAUGCAGAGAUCUCGUUCCGACUGUGAUAACAUAUAAUACACUUAUACAUGGUCUUUGCAUGUGGGGUUACUUGGAUGCUGCUUUGCGGUUGAAAAAGGAAAUGACUGAUCAAGGGUUAUUCCCUGAUAUCUUUACAUAUACUAUACUGGUUAAUGGUUGUUUCAAGUUGGGGUAUGUAUCAAUGGCCAGAGGCUUCUUUAAUGAGAUGUUGUCCAAAGGGUUGAAGCCUGAUCGCUUUGCUUACAAUACCCGAAUAGUAGGAGAAAUGAAGAUCGCAGAUACAUCUGUAGCGUUUAGCAUGCAAGAAGAAAUGUUGGCAGCAGGUUUUCCUCCAGAUGUCAUUACAUACAAUGUUUUUGUGCAUGCACUUUGCCAACAGGGAAAUUUUGAAGAGGCAUGUGAUCUAUUAGAGAACAUGGUAAGUGAUGGUCUUAUUCCGGAUCAUGUCACGUAUACAAGUAUCAUUAAUGGUUUUGUGAAAAAUGGGCACUUGAGGAAGGCUAGAGAGGUUUUCAAUGAAAUGCUCAGCAAGGGUGUAGCCCCUUCUGUAGUAACGUAUACAGUUCUCAUUCAUGCACAUGCAGCUAAGCAAAUGCUGGAUUUAGCGUUCAUGUACUUCUCGAAAAUGCUGGAGAAGAGUGUUCCAGCAAACGUGAUUACGUACAAUGCAAUAAUUAAUGGUCUUUGCAUGACAAGGAGAAUGGAUGAGGCUUAUAAAUAUUUUGAUGAGAUGGAGGAAAAAGGAAUUCUUCCAAAUAAGUUCAGUUAUACCAUUUUAAUAAAUGAGAGCUGCAAUAUGGGUUAUUGGGAGGAAGCUCUAAGAUUGUACAGAGAAAUGCUAGAUAGAAAAAUUCAGCCUGAUUCUUUUACACAUAGCGUGUUUCUGAAGAAUCUACAUAGGGAUUAUCAAGUUCAUGCAGUACAGUGUGUAGAGAGUUUGAUUCAAAAUGUCGAAGAUAAUAUUAAUGUCAGGUGAUGAUAAAGGAAAUGAUGGAUUCCAGGAAUCUCAAGUUAGUGACUGAUGUAUUUAGUGUAUAAUUAUCCUAUCGAGCGAUGGUUAACCUCUCAGAAUUUCAUUGAAGCAAUUAACCUCAAACAAUUCAUUAAGAUAGAAAUGCUAAUUGGUGGUUUGGAAGCUUUGUGAAUUGAGGAUCCGUUUCAUAAUUCCUUUGUUGAUCCAUUAUGGACCUAAGAGACAGCUGAAAUCAGUUUCUAUUGGACAAAGACGUUUGGUCAUCCCACAAGAUAUUUUAUAUAGAGCUCAUCAUGCAUCAGGUAUACAUUUGAUUCCGAACUGUAAAUUUUUUGGGAGCUUAUGCUAAUUCUUCUCAAGUAAUUUGGAGGGGAGGGCGUCAACUUGUAUCUUCUUGUGUAAGUAAUAACUGAUAUCCUAUGAUUAAUUUAGCUGCCUGGGAAAAUAAAAGGGAACUAUUCUUCUGUCCUUAAUGUCUAGGAUGAUGACUGGACUAUCAAUUUUGAUAGGAAAGAAGUUUUCUUUUUUUAAAUAAUAAUAAAAAAUAAGACGGUUAUUGGAAUCUUAGUUGGAAGAGGAAGGGGUGAGCUGAAGAAAAACCAUCGUAACAAGGUUCUUCUUGCUUGGAGGCUUCUUGGAAUGAAGAACUGCUUCAAGCAUUUGUUUUAGGGUUUCCAAAUCUUUUGAAUGUUCGCCAAUGCCUUUCAUCUUCAACCUCUUCUCUAUCUCUCCAUAGAUUGAUGCAGGCUGCUUCGGCCCAGGAAAAAUGUAAUGGAAGAAAAUUUUGCGAGGUCCCAAUCCCCUAUGCUUCGAAGCUCUGCCUUUUUGAUCGGGUCUAGUUCAGAGUUAGGCAAUGGCAAUGGUUCUAGCUCCAUUAAUCGGGCAAUGACACUUGGAGACAACCAUUGCUUGUUGCCUUCUUUGAUGGAGUUUCACUGCGAUUUGUAGAUAGAAUAGAUGUGUUAAUAAGAAUCUCUCUUGGGUAAGUGUUACCUUUCCGAUAUACCAUGUUCCUUAUCUCUCUGCUAUCCAAAUCUUCGACAGCAGUUCCACCUUCAAUGGUUUCAGUGAUGGCAAAUAUCUACACAAUCGGACGUCUCAAUGCUUGCCCAAUUUACUUUACAGGCAUAUUCUUAUGUUUAUUUUUCUUUCUUUCACCGGCGCUUUUUCUUCCAACGGUAAAUUUCAGGAAGUAUUUUUUGAGUUUUUUUUAUAGAAAAAAGGUGGUCUAGUCAUUAUCCUUUGCCAGGUUUCUGUUAAGUCACUAACCGUUAUGUUAUCUCAAGAACUAAAAGUGAGUCUUAUGUUAUCUCAACAACAAAAGUGUUAGAUUUUGAAAACUAGGGACCAAAGGAGUAUUUUUUUUUCCCUAUAAAAUAUGUUUCUGUGAAACCACAAGUUUGAUUUAGACAAAUAAAAGAAUAUGCAAGGGCAUAUGUAAAAGCUUCGACAAAAACAACAGACCAACACUGCCUAUAGAAAUGAACUCCAAUCCAAAUGAACAAGACUAUGACAUAGUUUUAAAGAAAAUAUGAACUUCUGGUAAAAUUCCAAAACACCAAAAUAUAUUGAAAACUACAUCAUUUGUAGUUUCUUAGAAUAGAUUGCAUAAGGAAGAGACUAUGGCAUAUGGGUAAACAAUGAGCCUAUAUAUGAAAAUAAGUAGUUACCAAAUUCCUAAGUUUCAAAUGCUUGCUGGAUGUUUUAAUUUUUUUUUAGGUAUAAUGUUUAUGCUGGUACGAUAUCUCUUCCUCCUGUAAAAGCAACCUUGGGUUUUGCCAUCUGUGGUAGCAUAAAGUUGGAAUUUUUUUCAUAGCCAUUUUUACUCUUUCACCUCACACUGAAACUAAAUUUGCAGUGGAAAUUGCUUUCGAUGCCAGUUAAGGCAACUAAGAUGCAAUAUAAGAAACAUAUGUCAUCGACUUUAGCCACAUCCCCUUUCUUUACCAACUAAAAGUUGUUUCAAGACUGUAAGAUUAUAUUAAAAAUCUCAUGAGUUUAAUUAUAUUAUCUCUUCAAAUCCGAACAGAACCACUCUUUCAAGAAAGAUUUGUAGUACUGUUUUCCUUUUAUGAAUUUGAAAUUGCCCGGUGCUAAGAGAUAGACCCCUCCAAUCAUUUUGCCGUCUUGAAUAGACCCCUCCAAUCUAUUGAAUAGGGCAUGAAAUCUUUCUUGGAAAAUGCAGUGUUAUAGCAGUUGAUUUCUUUUCCUUUGUCAUUGCUCAUGGCUGCUAGUUUUGUUAAUGCCUUAAAAUUAUUCAGUGGCCAUUUACUAGGAGGGUGAAACAACUAGAAAGAUUGGCAAUGUGGGAUGAGAUUUGUAUCAUGAUAAUCGUUGACAGGAAAUUUUCUACUGAGAGAAAUGAAGUUCUUGGACAUGUUUCAAUGGAAACAAGCUACCAAUCUGAUGCCUGCAUCAACCACUUACUGGAUUAGCCGAUCAAAUUAUACACAUUCUUGUAGUCAUGUCUUUUGAAGGUUCUUUCUCCAUUGUAUAAAUGAUGCAGCAGGUUUUGUUUUUUUUUUUUUUUUUCUUUAAAUAAUGUAAACAUCUUUUAUGGAGCAAAAAUGAAAUAACACAAGGACAUACAAAAAGAUCAAGCCUACUAACCAAGAGAACCCCACUAAAGAAAAGGGUUCAGUUAUGCAAAAUAGUGUAUCAAAUAACUACAGAAGGUCUUUGAAAUUGAGGCUCACAAAGACAUGAUAUCUAACAAACGGAUCAUACUUCACGGGGAUCGCUCUCCAGUUUUCAACAGUAUCAUUCAUGUUUUGCAGCUUGAACUCUAGGAUCAGUUUUCAACAUCACGAGGAUCGCUGUCCAGUUUUCUACAGUAAUCUCAUAGUUCCGAGUUGUAACUUCACUCACAUAAAACUAUAUGCAAUGUAUGAACUCUAUUAUAUAUGCCUAAGGCCUGGGUGGUAUUCUCUCUGAA